CAAGGGUUUGGAUUCCUGACCCCGAAGAAGUCUGGAAAUCAGCUGAAAUCAUUAGAGAUUACAAAGAAGGGGAUAAAACUCUGCGCCUGAAACUUGAAGAUGAAACGAUCCUGGAAUACCCUAUUGAUCUUAAAGAGAACAAGUUUCCUUUGCUGCGUAAUCCAGAUAUUUUGGUUGGAGAAAAUGACUUGACAGCUUUAAGUUACCUCCAUGAACCUGAAGUUUUGCAUAACUUAAAAGUCCGCUUUUUGGAAUCAAAUCACAUCUAUACCUAUUGUGGUAUCGUGCUUGUUGCCAUUAAUCCUUAUGAACAAUUGCCAAUCUAUGGACAAGAUGUCAUCUAUGCAUACAGCGGCCAAAACAUGGGAGAUAUGGAUCCUCAUAUUUUUGCAGUUGCAGAAGAAGCAUAUAAGCAAAUGGCCAGGGAUGAGAAGAACCAGUCCAUUAUUGUUAGUGGGGAAUCCGGUGCAGGCAAAACAGUCUCGGCCAAAUACGCCAUGCGAUUCUUUGCAUCAGUUGGAGGGUCCUCCAGCGAGUCCAACAUUGAAGAGAAGGUCCUGGCUUCCAGUCCUAUCAUGGAGGCAAUUGGUAAUGCAAAAACAACCCGGAAUGACAACAGCAGCCGCUUUGGGAAAUACAUUCAGAUUGGCUUUGAUAAAAGACACCGUAUCAUUGGUGCCAACAUGAGGACAUAUCUGCUUGAGAAAUCAAGAGUUGUAUUCCAGGCAGCUGAUGAGCGAAAUUACCACAUUUUCUAUCAGCUGUGUGCCUCUGCUGGUCUUCCAGAACUGAAAGAUCUCUCACUAUUGGAUGCCAAAGAUUUUUUCUACACAUCUCAGGGAGGAGGCACCUUCAUCGAAGGAGUGGACGAUGCAGACGAUUUUGAGAAAACAAGGCAAGCUUUCGCCCUGCUUGGAGUAAAGGAGUCCUAUCAGAUGACCGUUUUUAAAAUACUUGCUGCUAUCCUACACCUUGGAAAUGUGGAUUUUCAGUCUGAACGUGAUGGAGAGUCCUGCACUAUAUUGAACCAAGAUGAACACCUGCAUCAUUUUUGCAGAUUGCUGGGCGUGGAGCACAGCCAGAUGGAGCACUGGCUUUGCCAUCGGAAGCUGGUCACCACUUCGGAAACCUACACCAAGAAUAUGUCCCUCCAACAAGCCGUUAAUGCCAGGAACGCGCUAGCCAAGCACAUCUAUGCUCAGCUGUUCAACUGGAUUGUGCAACAUAUCAACAAGGCCCUGUACACGACAGUCAAGCAGCAUUCCUUUAUUGGGGUGCUGGACAUUUAUGGGUUUGAAACCUUUGAAUAUAAUAGCUUCGAACAAUUCUGCAUCAACUAUGCCAAUGAAAAAUUACAGCAGCAGUUUAACCUGCAUGUCUUUAAAUUGGAACAAGACGAAUACAUGAAGGAGCAAAUUCCUUGGACUCUCAUCGAUUUUUCUGACAAUCAGCCAUGCAUAGACCUUAUAGAAGCUAAGCUGGGUAUCUUGGACUUGCUGGAUGAAGAAUGUAAGGUCCCUAAAGGAACAGAUGAGAACUGGGCUCAGAAACUCUACGAUCGCCAUGGGAGCAGUCAACAUUUCCAGAAGCCUCGCAUGUCAAAUAUGGCAUUCAUUAUUGUGCAUUUUGCAGAUAAGGUGGAAUACUACUGUGAGGGCUUUCUGGAAAAAAAUAGAGAUACAGUCCAUGAAGAACAGAUUAAUAUUCUGAAGGCCAGCAAGUAUCCAGUGAUUAUGGAGUUGUUCCAUGAUGAAAAAGACCCCGCUCCAACUGCUCCCUCUGGAAAGAAAACGUCUUCAAAAAUCAAUAUCCGGUCUGCCCGUCCAGCUGUAAAAGCAGCCAAUAAAGAGCAUAAGAAGACAGUUGGGCACCAGUUUCGUAAUUCAUUGCACCUGUUAAUGGAGACCCUGAAUGCUACCACUCCCCAUUAUGUUCGGUGUAUCAAGCCCAAUGAUGAGAAGUUACCCUUCACCUUUGAUCCAAAGAGAGCAGUACAACAACUUAGAGCUUGUGGAGUGCUGGAGACCAUCCGUAUCAGUGCAGCGGGCUACCCAUCCAGGUGGACCUACCAUGACUUCUUGAAUCGGUAUCGAGUGCUUAUGAAAAACAAAAGUAUUUCGAAAAAGAAGGAUAAGACACUGAUCUGUAAAAUGUUAUUGGAAAGCCUAAUUAAGGAUCCUGACCAGUUUCAGUUUGGACGGACAAAGAUCUUUUUCCGCGCUGGCCAGGUGGCAUACUUGGAGAAACUGCGGGCAGAUAAGUUCCGGGCUGCCACCAUUAUGAUACAGAAGACAGUGCGUGGCUGGUUGCAGAGGGGGAAGUACAGGAAAACGAGGGAGGCGACGAUGAAAAUCCAGAGGUUCACCCGAGGAUACCUGGCACGCAGAUUGGCUGAUCAUCUAAGGAAAACAAGAGCUUCCAUUAUUCUCCAGAAACAAUAUCGAAUGUUAAGGGUACGCCAUGCCUACCAAACCAUCCGUAAAGCAGCCAUCACAAUCCAGUCCUUCACCCGAGGAAUGUUCGUUAGAAAGAACUAUCAAAAGAUACUUAUGGAGUACAAGGCCAUCAUCAUCCAGAAGCAUACUCGGGCUUGGAUGGCUCGGAAGAAUUUCGCCAAGUUCAGAUGCGCAGCUGUGAUUGUCCAGUGCUAUUUCAGACGCAUGAAGGCCAAGCAAGAGCUGAAGGCUCUGAAAAUAGAGGCCCGGUCAGCAGAGCACUUGAAGAGGCUCAAUAUUGGUAUGGAGAACAAAGUUGUGCAACUGCAAAGAAAGAUAGAUGAACAGAGCAAAGAAUACAGGUCUCUCACUGAGCAGUUCUCCACAGCAAGUUCUGCUCAUUGCACAGAGAUUGAUAAACUGAAGAAGGAACUGGAACGCUACCAGCGGAAGAAGGGGGACAGCAAUCAGAUUGCGAGCUUGCAGGAAGAAAUCGAUUCCCUCCGGCUGGCCCUGGAGAAAGCUCACGGGGAGCGAAAGAUAGUCGAAGACACCUAUGCAAAGGAGAAACAGGUGCUCCAAAAGCGAAUAUCAGACCUGGAAGAGGAGAAUGUGCUUCUGAAGGAGGAAAAAGAGGCACUGAACAACAAAAUCUUGUGUCAGUCAGAAGAUGAAGUUGCACAAAAUGCAGUUGAAGAAAAUCUUGUGAUGAAGAAGGAGCUUGAUGAGGAGAGAGUUCGUUACCAAAACCUUGUCCAGGAGUAUUCGAGGCUGGAGCAGAGAUUCGAGAACCUAAGUGAUGAGAUGACACUCAUCAAGCAAACCCCAGGGCACAGAAGGAAUCCAUCUAACCAAAGCAGCUUGGAAUCGGACUCCAACUACCCAUCCAUUUCUACAUCUGAGAUAGGAGAUACAGAAGAUGCAAUACAGCAAGUGGAGGAAGCUGGCUUGGAGAAGGCAGCCAUGGACAUGACCCUCUUCCUAAAACUUCAGAAGAGAGUGCGGGAACUUGAACAGGAGAGAAGAAAAUUGAAGACUCAGCUGGAGAAGAGAGAGAAUGAAAGCAAGAAAUCUCAGGUAAUUGAAAUGAAGAAUGAAAUGGAUUUGGACCAAGAUACAGAUCUAGCAUACAACAGCCUGAAGAGGCAAGAGUUAGAAUCUGAGAACAAGAAACUGAAAAAUGACCUAAACGAACUAAGGAAGGCUGUAGUGGAUGGUGUGGCCCAGAACAAUUCUUCCAAUGAUGUUCAUGACACGUACAACCUCCUCCUGAAUCAGCUCAAAUCAGCUAAUGAAGAGUUGGAAGUACGGAAGGAAGAGGUGCUUAUUCUAAGAACACAGAUUAUAAAAGCAGCCCAACAAAAAGAUACAGGCAGAAAUAUGGAGUCAAAGCUCAAUACGCAAACCAGCUGGCCAAAUAGUGAUAAGCAUGUGGAUCCAGAAGAUGCAAUUGAGGCCUAUCACGGAAUGUGUGAAACAAACCGGCUCCUUGAGGCCCAACUCCAGGAACAGAGGAAGGAAUAUGAAGAGGAAGUAGAAGCCCUAAAGGACCAGAUGGAGGUGUUGAAGGAAGGGAUGGAGAAACAGCACGAAGUCUUCCUCCAGACACUCCAGUUGUCACCAGAAGCCCAAGUGGAGUUUGGCAUCCAGCAGGAAAUCACGCGGCUGACAAAUGAAAACCUGGACCUGAAAGAGCUGCUUGAAAAACUAGAAAAGAAUGAGAAGAAGCUGAAGAAACAGCUCAGGAUUUACAUGAAGAAAGUCCAAGAUUAUGAAGCUGAUCAAGCCGUUACACAGACCGAAAAGCGGCAGCAUGAACUCAAUAGGCACGUCGCUGUCCAAAGAAAGGAGAAAGACUUUCAGGGAAUGUUGGAAUAUUGCAAAGAAGAUGAGCCUUUACUCAUAAAAAAUCUCAUUACAGAUCUGAAGCCCCAAAUAGUAUCUGCCACCGUGCCCUGCCUGCCUGCCUACAUCCUUUUCAUGUGCAUCAGACAUGCUGAUUACGUUAAUGAUGACCAUAAAGUGCAUUCCUUACUUUCCUCCACUAUUAAUGGCAUUAAAAAAGUAUUAAAGAAACACAACGAGGACUUUGAGAUGACAUCAUUCUGGCUGUCCAACACAUGUCGCCUUCUGCAUUGUCUGAAGCAAUACAGCGGAGAUACGGGUUUUAUGACCCAAAAUACCACAAAGCAGAAUGAACAUUGUCUGAAGAACUUUGACCUCACUGAGUACCGUCAGGUCCUGAGCGAUCUCUCUAUCCAGAUCUACCAGCAACUCAUCAAAAUUGCCGAAGGCGUCUUGCAGCCCAUGAUAGUGACUGCGGUAUUGGAAAAUGAAAGUAUCCAGGGCCUGUCAGGUGUGAAGCCCAUGGGCUACCGGAAGCGGACCUCCAGCAGAGGGGACAGCGACAACAUCUACAGUUUGGAAGCAAUCAUCCGCCAACUGAACACAUUUCUGAGCAUCAUGUAUGACCAGGGCCUUGACCCAGAGAUCAUCCAACAGGCCAUUAAGCAGCUCUUCUACAUGAUCAAUGCUGUGGCCUUGAACAACCUCCUGCUGAGGAAGGACGUAUGUUCUUGGAGUACAGGCAUGCAGAUCAGGUUUAAUAUCAGCCAACUGGAGGAAUGGUUGAGAGGGAAGAACCUGCACCAGAGUGGGGCUGCCAAGGCCCUGGAGCCAUUGAUCCAGGCAGCACAACUCCUGCAGUUGAAAAAGAAAACCCCUGAAGAUGCUGAGGCCAUCUGUUCCUUAUGCACAUCCCUCACUACCCAGCAGAUUGUAAAAAUACUAAAUCUUUACACUCCUGUGAACGAGUUUGAAGAGCGAGUGACAGUAGCUUUCAUAAGAAACAUUCAGGCACAAUUGCAAGAGAGGAACGAUCCUCCACAGCUGCUGUUAGACUUCAAAUUCAUGUUUCCUGUUUUGUUUCCAUUCAAUCCUUCGUCUCUGACCAUGGACUCUAUUCACAUCCCAGCUUCCCUUGACCUGGAAUUUCUUAACCGAGUGUGAAGACACAAUUUUCAGCCCAAUUUUCCCAAAGUUUGAGCAAAAACAGAAGCAAAAAUAUAGGAUCUCUUCAAAUAUGGAUCAGUAAUGGUGAAAGAACCAGUACAUGCCAAUUAAUCAGUGCUAAAUUGUACAGCAUAAGAAACUAAUAUUGCAUUUGGGUUAAAUGCUUUUUGGUUUGUGUGAGGGAUUCUUUUGGGAGGGAAGGGAGUAGAUCUUGCAGUUAAUAUUUGAAACACAAGAAGGGGUUGUACUGUUUGAUAUCAUGCUAUAAAAUAUUUCCUUCUGCUUGCCAUUAAGGCAGAUGCAUUGGUAAGUAGGAUUUAGGUUUUAAUUUUGUGAAUUAUGUUUCUCAAGAACUUUUGUGUUGAAAUAACAAAAAGAAGCCCAGAUUGCCACCUGUUUUCCAAUUGUCCAUGGUGGUAGAGCUUGCACAAACUGGAAGCAGUCUUCAGCUCCUCAGUUUUCGGAAAAUAAAAUUGCCGUAGGUUAAAAUAAAAAAUUGUGACACAGCUUGAAGAGAUGUUCCUGGAGGUGGGGAGAGCAUUAUUUGCAACUUGCACUGAGGUUGGAGAAUACCACUUUGCAUAUGAAGUAGACUAGUCAUUGAAAGCUUCAGUCUGUCUCAGGGGUGUCUGCAAGGUAUGGUAAAAAAAAUAAAUAAAUAUGGUGGCACAUACCUAAGAAAACAUCAAUCACACCAUUGUGGCUGCCAUCUUGACUUACUUUUACCAUACUCUCUGAACACCCCCGGUCCAUCUUUAACCUGUUGAUUAAGGUGCCUGUUGAUAAUUUUUUCCAUAUGAAUCACUAAGAAUGUGAAGUUGUGGAACCACAAACCCAAACAUUUGCUUAAUGCUGCAAUUAUAAUUUCACUACACGCUGCUACUGAUUCAUUUGGGCCAGUAACUGAUAUGGCACUGUUUGGAUUUACUGGGGGAGAAAAAGGUAUGCUGGGUCCAUUGGCUCUCGGACAACAGGCCCAUUCUUUGCCAAGAUAGUUGAAGAGUCCUUAUGAUCACACUUGGGACUAUGCCAGGACACAGGAUGGAUGUGCUGGCUGAGUUAUGUGUCAUUAUGCAGUGUUCCCCCAGCAUUGAUGGAGCCAUGCGCAAGGAAUACCUCUGCAGGGAACUGGAGUGUCAGGAUGUGUUUCUAAGCCAGUUACAAGGAUGUUUUGCACCAUGAAACAGUCCAUAA